UGUUUCCCUUCCUGCCCUUCCCUUACCUCUCGUUCUCCGCCUCCGGAGGAGACCAGCUCUGCGCCCGCCGGAGAAGUAGCAGCAGCUAGCCAAGCCCUCUCUCUCACCCCAGCAGCGGCCCUCUCAAACGGCACUCCCCCCCUUCUCUUCUCCCGCUUCAGGGCAAGCUGCGUUCCCCCGCCUGCCAAAACCCCGGGCCUGAUCCCAUGGCGUCGGAGAUCGAGGUGCUCGAGGACACCACCACCGCCACUACCACCGUCUCCGUCGCCGUGGAUUCGGCGGCGGUGGCGGAGAAAGGAGCGGUGCCUUCAAAGGAGGACGAGCCGCUGAAGGACGACGUGUACACGGCGGCGGCGUACGGCGAUCUGGAGAAGCUGCAGCGGUUGGUGGAAGCGGAGGGCCGGCCGGUCGCGGAGCCCGACGGGCUCGGCUACCACGCGCUCCAGUGGGCCGCCCUCAACAACCGCGUCGCGGCCGCGCAGUACAUCCUCGAGCAUGGUGCAGAUGUAAACGCUGUGGAUCACACUGGGCAGACAGCACUUCACUGGAGUUCUGUACGUGGCCAUAUACAAGUUGCUGAGCUGCUUCUGAAAGAAGGAGCUAAGGUGGAUGCUGCUGAUUUAUAUGGCUAUCAGUCCACACAUGUUGCAGCACAGUACGGUCAGACAUCAUUUAUUUAUCACGUUGUUGCAAAAUGGAAUGCCGACCCAGAUGUCCCUGACAACGAUGGAAGAAGCCCAUUGCACUGGGCUGCUUACAAGGGAUUUGCAGAUUCUAUACGUCUCCUUUUGUAUUUGGAUGCUUAUAGGGUGCGAGAGGAUAAGGAAGGUUGUACUCCUUUACAUUGGGCUGCUAUCCGGGGGAAUAUGGAGGCAUGCACUGUGCUUGUUCAGGCUGGCAAAAAGGAUGACUUGAUGGUGAAAGACAAAACUGGUUUAACUCCAGCACAACUUGCUGCUGAUAAAAAUCAUCGGCAAGUUGCAUUCUUUCUCGACAAUGCUAGAAGGGUACAUGACAGAGGAUGUAAUGGGAAUGCGACUUUUGCAAAGCUAUCAAAAUUAGGGCUUGCUCCUCUUCUUUGGUGUAUUGCUAUUGUCUUGCUUGCUACAUAUAUACACUCUGUUAUAGCAGGACAAUAUAUCAUGGACAUGACAGCACCAUUUGCGCUGUUUGCAUGGUCAGGAGUCUUCCUUGCAACAGCUGGGUUGAUCAUGUUCUAUAGAUGCAGCAGGAAAGAUCCUGGUUACAUCAGUGCGAAUAUAAGAGACUCACAGAAUCAAAGGGAUGAUGAACCUUUGCUGAAGAUGGAGUUAGAUAAUCCUGCACUUCUGACUGGUAACUGGUCACAGCUUUGUAUAACCUGCAAAAUUGUCAGACCUGUUCGUUCGAAACAUUGCUCAACAUGUGAUCGCUGUGUUGAGCAGUUCGACCAUCACUGCCCCUGGGUAUCUAAUUGCAUCGGCAAGAAGAACAAAUGGGAUUUCUUCAUGUUCAUCACCCUAGAAGUUUUUGCAAUGAUCAUUACUGGCUCUGCUGCCAUUAUAAGGACUGUAAGAGACCCAGCUUCUCCAGCAUCCUUUGGUGCUUGGCUUGGCUAUUCUGCUGUUCACCAUCCCGGGGCUGUUUCUUUUUUCUUCAUGGACCUUUUCCUAUUCUGUGGUGUUGCAGGCCUAACCGUAGUUCAAGCAUCGCAGAUAGCAAGGAACAUCACAACAAACGAGAUGGUAAAUUCCAUGAGAUACAGUUAUCUAAGAGGUCCAGGUGGCAGAUUCAGAAACCCAUUCGACCAUGGGGUGCGCAAGAACUGCGCAGACUUCUUGUUAAACGGAUACAAUGAGGAUGUUGAGCGGCUUGAGCAUACAUCACACACUGAUGAGGAAAUAGGAAUGAUACAGAUGACAAGCGCAGUCUCGCAGAAUGGCGAGGGCUCUUCCCAUCAUGGUAAUGGCACCGACCAUGCUUGUGUUGAUUCACAUGCUAGCUCAAAUUCUCACAGUCAAGUAAGUUCCUCUCAGUGUUGUGACCAUAGUAAGAAGAAUGAUCGGACACCAUUUGGCCUAGGGUUGGGCCUUGGACGAAACAGUGCUUCCCGACAGUAUGUACGGUCUCUUCUUCCAUUGUGAUUGUCACUUGGAGAUCGUGAGAGUUGCUGCUGUAGAUUGUAUGUGGACACUGCUCAGGCUCCAUUCUUUAGUUGCCUUUGCUGGUUUGUGUUAAUAUCAUUGAGCGCUAGCUGUGGACGAAUUGGAUCUGUUCAGUGCCAGUAAUUUUUGUGGGUACAUUGGAGAGGAAGGUCGCAAUGGGCUCACGAGUAUCCACUGAUCAUUAGGCAGCCCCUGCAAAAAUGUACACUGAUUUUUUCGCAUGGCGCAGGCAUGCAGCUACACUUCAAUACUGUUGUCAUACCAAUCAGGGUCGACUGGAGUAACAUCAGUUGUUGGGCAUCAUGCAGGCUUCGGAAAAUGUACCUGUAAUUUGUAAAAAAUCAGAGCUGUAAAUUGAUCAGUAGUAGCUUCACUAUGGUGGCAUAAGCUGCUCUUCUUGUUCAGUCUUUCCUUAUUCAUUUUACUUAGGAUAUUCUUACGACAUGACCUGAAAUAGGUUUUGCAGGUGUUGCUUUAUGGCAGCCCCCAGGUUGUUGUGUUUGCUGAUGUACUGGUGUUUGUCUGUCAGGAGUACAACCGUUUUAAGCGAUUGAAAAUUUUAUAUACUCUUCUUAAGGAUGUGUGUAUUUCAGAACAUAAUGGCUGUGUCAUACUGUAUAACGUAUUUGUGGAGUCA